AUGGAACUAGGGAACCUCACAGGAUUUUCAGGAUUUUUUCUUCUGGGGUUAUCAGAAAAACCAGCACUGCAGCCCCUUAUAUUUGGGCUUUUCCUCUCCAUGUACCUGAUCACUGUGUUGGGAAACCUGCUCAUCAUCCUGGCUGUCAGCUCUGACUCCCACCUCCACACGCCCAUGUACUUCUUCCUCUCCAACCUGUCCUUGGUAGACAUCUGUGUCGCCUCGACCACCAUCCCAAAGAUGCUGUGGAACAUCCAGACACAGAGCAAAGUCAUCACCUAUGCAGGCUGCAUCACACAGAUGUAUUUUUUCAUAUUCUCUGGAGGACUGGAUGACUUCCUGCUAGCCGUGAUGGCCUAUGACAGGUAUGUGGCCAUCUGCCACCCCCUGCACUAUAUGGUCAUCAUGAACUCCCGGCUCUGUGGACUGCUGGUUCUGAUGUCCUGGAUCAUGAGUGCCCUGAAUUCCUUGGUACAAACCUUAAUAGUGUUGCAACUGUCCUUCUGUACAGACUUUGAAAUCCCCCACUUUUUCUGUGAAAUCAAACAGAUGGUCCAACUUGCCUGUUCCGACACCUUUCUUAAUAACAUGGUGAUGUAUUUUGUAGCUGUGCUCCUGGGUGGUGGUCCCCUUGCUGGUAUCCUUUACUCUUACUCUAAGAUAGUGUCCUCCAUACGUGCAAUCCCAUCAGCUCAGGGGAAGUAUAAAGCAUUUUCUACGUGUGCCUCUCACCUCUCGGUUGUCUCCUUAUUUUAUGGUACGAUCCUAGGCGUGUACCUCAGCUCUGCUGCUACUCAGAGCUCAUACUCAAAUGAAACAGCCUCAGUGAUGUACACUGUGGUCACACCCAUGCUGAACCCCUUUAUCUACAGUCUCAGGAACAAUGACAUAAAGAGGGCUCUGAAAAGACUUGUUGGGAUGGUAGCUGUAAAAGUACCAAUUAUUCUAGGGCUGAAGAAAUGCACAUGA